AUGGUGGUGGGAGUUCCAACCUCUACCUCUUCCGCAUCCGCAUCCACGUCCUCUCCCCCUCUGCGAUUCAUCACGCAGCGCCAGUGCGCUCGCAUGGCGCUCAUCCGCACCUCCCUUCCGCCUGAGGCUCUGCUUCCGCCGCACACGUGGGCGCACACACUGCCCCCUGACGCGUGCCUCUCCAUAACUGCCCCUGGGCACCCCCCCCUGCACGUCCCCCUCGCCCUCUCCUGGUACCACGAGCAAGCGAGGAGGGGGGAGGGCACACGAGCAGAGGGACGAGCAGGCGGAGGAGCAGCAGGAGAAAGAGGAGGAGGGGGGGGAGGCGGGGGAGGAGAGGGGGGCAGUGGGGGGAAUGGGGAGAGUGGGGGGAGGUGGGUGGCGGUGACGGUGUGGGGGUGGACGGGCAGGGCGUUGGAUGCAGGGGAGGACGCAGCGCACUGGUUCUCCUCAGUCAUAGGGAGGCCCGGAGACAACCUGGGGGACAACCUGGGGGACCACCUGGGGGACCACCUGGGGGACAACCUGGGGGACAACCUGGGGGACAACCUGGGGGACAACCUGGGGGACAACCUGGGGGACAACCUGGGAGAGAUGGAAAAAGGGAAACAGCUGUCUUCUUCCUCUACUGCUAUUCAUUCGAUGCCUCCAUCCUACCCCCCAUUGCCCCCACACAACAACACGUCAGCGCAUGUGGUGCGGCCUACCAACGCUGCCUUUGCAGAGGGCUUCCAGACGUCCUUCGCUGAUGGCUACCCCAUGCUGCUCCUCUCCCAGCCGUCGCUCUCAUUGCUCAACGCGCGCCUCUCCGACCCCAUUCCCAUGAACCGCUUCCGACCCAACAUAGUGGUGGAGGGGUGCGAGCCAUUUGAUGAGGACACGUGGCGCAGCUUCUCCAUAGCACGCAGCAGCAACACAGCAGCAGGGGAGGAGGCGGAUGAGAGCCUUGGGUCUGGGUCUGGGUCUGGGUGUGAAAGCUCUGGUGCUGCCUCGGCUGGUGUGUUUCGUGGAGUGAAGCCGUGCUCGAGAUGCAAGAUCACUACAAUCGACCAGCUCACAGCUGAAUCCGGCAAGGAGCCCCUUCAGACCCUCCUCAAGUUUCGACGAGGAAAAGACCUGGGCCUUCCAACAAGCUUGCAAGACGUAUUUUUCGGCAUGAAUGUUAAAGUUCCUGUAUUAGACUCUUUCUGGGACGACGAUGACGACGUGCCAGCGCAUCGCACGGGUGCUUACGACGUCGAAUCCGCGCAUCUCGCGAGAUCCGCCGGACCAGACGGACGGUCAGGAUUAGCCGACAGCCGCGAUGGCGAGCUUGACUCACUCAUGCCCGCAGCGGGCUCCCGCUCCGCACACCUCGGCGCAGCACGCGCGGAAAACGGCCUGCGCGCGGACGACUACCUGCACGGUGCAGGCGCGCGCUUGGGGCGCGGCGGAAGAGAAGCGGAGAAGCGGCUCCGCGAGCACGAGAUGGAGCGCGCGUACCGCGGGUGGCCGUCGUGCUGGCAAAUCUGGGGGGAGAUCCUCGACCAAAUGGAGCUCGGCGCGCCUCUUUCCGCCGCGAAUCUGCUCAGCUUCGCGCGCUUCCUCUUCUCCCUCGCGUUCCUCGGCCGCCGCAGCACCCUGCAGCUCGCAGCCGCCGCCGUUGCAAUCACCUUCACUAAUGUCACGGGCUUCUCACUGCUCAUCGGCCUCGCUUCCGGGAUCGAGCCCUUGUGCGCACAGGCGCACGGCGCGCAGCAGCCGAGAGCCAUGGGGCUGCUGCUGCGCCGCUCGACGCUGCUCCUCACGCUCGCGUCUAUCCCCAUCGCGAUCAUCUGGUCGAAUUCCCAAUGGCUGCUCCUCGCAGCGGGACAAGACGCGCCGUUAGUGUCUGAAGCCACGACCUUCAUCCUCUGGCUUCUCCCCGACCUGUUCCUUUCCGCGCUAGUCAACCCGCUGCGGAUUUUCUUGCGCGCGCAGGGUAUAGUUCGCCCUGUGCUGGUUGGGGCUGCGCUGUCGCUCGCAGUGCACGUGCUGGCGACGGCGCUGCUGGUCGCAGGGCCUGUGAGGCUCGGCUGUGCUGGCGCUGCUGCUGCUGCAUCGAUCUCCGAUCUGUUCCUCUGGCUGCUGAUGCUGUUUUAUCUGCAUUGCUUCACUGACGUGCCACGGAGGUGCGGCCUCCUCGUCCCCCUCUCCUUCUCCGCCUCGCCUCUCACCUCAGCAGCCGCGGCAGCAGAAUCAGGAGUCAGUUCCCCCCGGUCCCCCCAUUCCCCCCGGUCCCCCCGCCCUCUUACCUCCCCCACCUCCCCCGCCUCCCCUCUCUCCCCCACGCGCCAUCUCUCCGCGCGCCCCUCCUCCCUAGCGCAAUGGGGCCCGCUUAUCCGCAUGUCUCUCCCAGCCUGCGCCACCAUAUGCCUCGAGUGGUGGUGCUACGAGCUCUGCAUGCUCCUCUCAGGCCUCCUUCCAGACGCCACGACAUCAGUUGCCUCCCUUGCCAUCCUCUUCAACCUAGAUUCGAUUCUCUACUCGCUCACUGCCGGCCUGGCUGCCGCAGCAGGCACCAGAGCAGGGAACCUACUAGGCUCGGCAUUCCCGAUCCUAGCGCGGAACGCGGCACUAGUUGCCCUGGGCUGUUCUUUAAUGCUGGGUAUUACCCAGCUAGCUGUUCUCUGGGCGGCUAGAGAAGCCUUAGGCCACGUGUUCACCUCAGAUGCGGCUGUGCUUGAAGUUGUCAUUGCGCUGCUGCCGAUUCUAGGGCUUCUUGAGUCAUACAUUGAGGUGCAAUCACAGGAUAUAAACCAACAGUUCACUGCAGAUCCAGAGAGGAAGCGCAAGGGGAAGGAGCUGGCGGACGACCAGGAACGUGAGAGGGUUGUGCGCGGGCUGGAGUGGGAUCGUGAUGAGUCGGAUGCGGACGACGAUGAGGAGGAGGCCUAUGAGGAGGAGGAGGACCAGGAGCUGGACGACGACCCUUUCCGCGAGGAGGAUGAGGAGGAGGAGGAUGUGGAGGAGAUAGGCAUGGAUCAGCCUGAGUGA